GACUCCAAUGGCCGCGACCCCUAUAAAGUCCCCGGCGUCAAGGUAAACAGCAGAAAUUAGACGAGCGGCAGCAAGGAAUCGUUGGUGCCUGACUGUCUUAUCCAAGCAUCCUUUAGAGGAUCCAUGGCCACGGAGAGGUUCUUCAGGGCGCUCGUCUUCUGCGAGGCGCCGCUUGACGGCUACGGCACCUCGGUGCUCACCGCCGGCGGGAUGAACAGGCUGGUCGUCUCUCGAGGCAGUGCGACGCCGCCGGAGGCCGUGUCUAGCAGGGUUGACGCUGAGAAGGGGCAGGGUUCCUUGUCUAGCAAGCCGCUGGCGCAAAGGCGCGCUGGGUUCGAGCUGGCGUUCGACGGACUCAAUUGCUUUGACACCGUCGUCAUGCACUGAGCAUCCCGUCGGUUUCUUGGAUCGGUUAGAAUGUUGACGUGGAAAAGCUUGAUCCGGUCUGAUGUGAGCUUAUGGUGAUUUUUUCAUUCGAUUGUACUCCACUAUUUUACAUGUGCAAGGAAAUUGAAGUGGAUAUAUUUUCUGUUUUC